AUGUGGGAGUUCCGGUCCAUGAAUUUUUGGCGGGCGGUCUUCGCAGAGUUCUUCGGGACCAUGUUCUUUGUAUUUUUCGGCAUGGGUGCUGCCCUGCGCUGGACCACUGGGCCUCAUCAUGUCCUCCAUGUGGCCCUGUGCUUUGGCCUGGCAGCCGCCACUCUCAUCCAGUCCAUCGGCCACAUCAGCGGCGGCCACAUUAACCCUGCCGUUACCUUUGCCUACCUUGUUGGCUCACAGAUGUCUCUUUUCCGCGCCAUUUUCUACAUGGCUGCCCAGUGCCUGGGUGCUGUAGCUGGAGCUGCUGUGCUGUACGGCGUCACCCCUGGCAACAUGAGGGGCAACAUGGCCAUGAACACGCUGCAGCCGGGCAUCAGUCUGGGUAUGGGUACCACUGUGGAGGUCUUCCUCACCAUGCAGCUUGUGGUGUGCAUCUUUGCCGUGACUGAUGAGAGGAGAAACGGACGCCUGGGAUCUGCUGCCCUAUCCAUCGGCUUCUCCGUCACCAUUGGACAUCUCAUGGGGAUGUACUACACCGGUGCUGGAAUGAACCCUGCCAGGUCCUUCGCCCCUGCUGUGCUCUUCAGGAACUUCAUCAACCACUGGGUGUACUGGGUCGGGCCUAUGAUAGGAGGUGCAAUGGGCGCCCUCCUGUACGAUUUCAUGCUGUUCCCACGCAUGAGAGGUCUGUCCGAGCGUCUGGCCACACUGAAGGGCAGCCGGCCCCCAGAGAGCGAGACCCAGCAGGACACCCGUGGGGAGCCCAUCGAGCUCAAGACGCAAGCCCUAUAA